AUGCACACGGGUCCCGUAUCUUCAGCCUGGGGGGGCUGCGUGGAGGUGGACUCAGAGACGGAGGCUGUAUACGGGAUGACCUUCAAAAUUCUGUGUAUCUCCUGCAAGCGGCGGAGCGAGACCACCGCUGAGACCUUCACGGAGUGGACCUUCCGCCAGAAGGGCACAGAGGAGUUUGUCAAGGUGUCCAACAGAGAUAUGGCGUCCAUUGUGUCCGAGAUCAUGAUGUACGUGCUCAUUGUGGUGUUGACCAUAUGGCUCGUGGCAGAGAUGGUUUACUGCUACAAGAAGAUUGCCGCUGCCACUGAGGCUGCUGCCCAGGAGAACGCCUCGGAAUACCUGGCCAUCACCUCAGAAAGCAAAGAGAACUGUACAGGCGUCCAGGUGGCUGAAUAG